AGCUCCUCUCCUCUCAGUCUCCAGUAAACAGCAGUCAUGGCGACAGUGGUCCAGCCGCUCACCCUGGAGAGAGAUGUUGCCCGGGCUAUCGAGUUGCUGGAGAAGCUGCAGGAGUCUGGUGACGUUCCCGGCCACAAGCUGCAGUCUCUGAAGAAGGUGCUGCAGAGUGAGUUCUGCACAGCAAUCAGAGAGGUCUACCAGUACAUGCAUGAAACAAUUACAGUAAAUGGCUGCCCAGAGUACCAGGCGAGAGCCACAGCUAAGGCCACGGUUGCAGCUUUCGCAGCCAGCGAAGGUCACUCCCACCCUCGAGUGGUCGAGCUUCCCAAGACGGAGGAAGGGUUAGGUUUCAAUGUGAUGGGCGGCAAGGAGCAGAACUCCCCUAUAUACAUCUCCCGUAUCAUUCCCGGAGGUGUGGCUGAAAGACACGGUGGCCUAAAGCGAGGGGAUCAGCUGCUGUCUGUCAACGGCGUGAGCGUAGAAGGAGAACACCACGAGAAAGCAGUGGAGCUCCUGAAGGCAGCCAAAGACAGUGUGAAGCUGGUGGUUCGCUACACCCCCAAAGUGCUGGAGGAGAUGGAGGCUCGCUUUGAGAAGCUCCGGACGGCCCGGCGGCGUCAACAGCAGCAGCUCCUGAUACAGCAACAGCAGCAACAGAACCUGUCCUCUCAGCAAAAUCACAUGUCGUAGGUUGUUCCAAAAGAAGAAAUAAAGGAGCCCUGAAAGAGUGUAUGUUCCUCAAGGAUCCCAAAGAGGAAUCUUAUGGCGAUGAAGGAAACCAGCAAGUCGGCUCUUCUUACAUCCUCUUCCUCACUUCCUGUGUUCCUCCGACUACUGAGCGGAGGAGAGAAUUUCAAAACUGGUGCUUUGAAAACCACACCGAAAGUCAUCAUUUAACGCCCCUUUUAUAAAUUGCUUCUCCCCAAUUGUGGAUUUUUGAAGCUCUCGUGUUUUUGUUAUCCAGUUAUCCUUUUUUAUGGCUCACGUCUAUUAAAAUGUUAAUUCUUUGCCAUUUUUUUGCCCCAGAUUUCAUUUGUACCGUGGUGUUUUUACUGAUUCAUCAACUGGUGCUUGUGUCUCGUAUGAAUGAUUAUUUGGGUAUUUUUCGUCUUUUUUUUGGGAUGAACUCUUUUUUUUUUUUUACCUUCUAUACUGUAGCAAGAAAAUAUUUUUUACCUUGUAGCUUUAGCAAUAACACAUUCUUCAGUUUUUACAUUUCAAAUGCAAGCAUUGUCAAAGUUCCUGAACGAUAUGAAUCCCUGCAAACCAGGUCUCAUUUACUGUCCCGCAGCUUCUGAGUCCAAAGCCUCCAUGCCAUUUGAAGAGAUUAUUGAU